CAAACAACCAAACCCCAACCCAAAACCUCCUUCUUCUUCUCCUUCCUCACUGCAACACUCUUCGGGGUGCAGGCAGCCAGAGCCAUGGCAACCAUCCUCGCCGUGGCCGCCAUGGCCACCUUCCAGGCUCCGACGACCCUCCCGGGGCCCCUGGCUCCUACGCUACCGGUUCGCCGGAACGUCGUGUCGUUCGCCGGCCGCCGGCAGGGGCGCGCGCUGGGAAGGCUGGCGGUGGUGGUCGCGGCGGGCUCGCCGACGCCGCCGGAGCUGGCGCAGAAGGUGUCGGAGAGCAUCAAGCAGGCGGAGGAGACGUGCGCGGGCGACCCGGAGGGCGGCGAGUGCGCGGCGGCGUGGGACGAGGUGGAGGAGCUCAGCGCCGCCGCCAGCCACGCGCGCGACCGCAAGAAGGACAGCGACCCGCUCGAGGAGUACUGCAAGGACAACCCGGAGACCGACGAGUGCCGCACCUACGAAGACUGAGCCCACACGAGCGCCACCAGUUCAUCCAUGGCUUUCGCCAUUGCUGUUACUGUGUUACACAUUUCAGCUCUAAGCAAGCUAGAGCAGCAUGGCAUACUGGGGUGUACACUUUGCCUCUUGGGCGUGUAAGUUUGAUCGUUAAUUUGUCUUAGUUUGCAAUAAUGCGAGGUUUUUUAUUUGUUAAUUACAAAAACAAAUACUCCCUCCGUAUUUUAAUGUAUGACGCCAUUGACUUUUUAACAAACGUUUGACCUUUUGUCUUAUUAAAAAAAUUAUGUAAUUAUCA